AAAAAUGUAAAAAAGCACGGUUCUUUCACUUUCUAUUUUCAACCACGAACGAUUUUUCUGAUAUGCGUGGUCAUCUUAUUGUUAUUGAAGGUUGUGAUCGCUCCGGUAAAUCCACACAAUGUGAACGACUUGUAACUACUUUACAACAACAAGGUCGAAAGACGCAAUUAUUCAAGUUUCCAGAUCGCACUACACAAACUGGAAAGAUGAUUGAUAGUUAUUUGAAACAAUCGACACAUAUGGAUGAUCAUGCUAUUCAUCUUUUAUUCUCUGCCAAUCGUUGGGAAGCAAUGUCUCAUAUGACAUCUUUACUAGAACAAGGUACCACCAUUAUAGUUGAUCGAUAUGCUUUCUCUGGUGUCUGUUUUUCAGCUGCAAAGGGAUUGGAUUUUGAAUGGUGUCGACAACCAGAUGUUGGCUUAUUGACCCCUGAUGUGGUGAUGUUUAUGGAUCUAUCGAUGGAUGAAGCCGAGAAACGAGGUGGAUUUGGUGAAGAACGAUAUGAAAAGCGUGAAUUACAACUUAAAGUACGGCAAGAAUUCCAAAAGAUGAUGGAUUCUUCUUGGAAGAUCAUUGAUGCUUCCAAGUCAAAGGAUCAAGUAUACAAUGAUAUGAUGGCUGUGAUCAAGUCACUCGAUUCCAAUCCUGGUCCCUUGAAACAAGAUUUAUGGAAAUAGAUAAAUAUAAUUGAUAGAUCUUAUUUUUUUUUUUUCGUGUGUUAUUCUUUUUGUUAUUUUUUGAUUUGUUUUGUUUGAAUAAUAUAUAUAUCAUAUUCGAUAAAUUGUUGUUUAUAUUUAUUUAUUUAUUU